AUAUAAAAAAUCAAAUAAGUAUUUAAUCAAAUAACUCGAAAAUAGAUGUCAAAAGAUUUGCGAAAGCGAAAUGUCGGAAAGAGAGGUUUAUCUCGUAUGCAAUAUGAUUAUUUAAUGCGCUAUAUCAGUUAUUAAAUACCUUUUACCAAACUGCUUUUUAUCAAACAUCGUCUUCAAGAAGGAAAUAGCUCAAAAGAAUACAUGGUCUCCGACGAGCAUCCAAACUCCGUCCGAAAGAAACGGAAAAGAAUUGUUUAAAUGGAGGUUAAUCGGCGACGCGAACGGCGCGCUCUAUUAUUUAAUUCUCGUCGGUGACACGGUGACAAGGUGUUACGAGGUAACGAGUGCCGGUCCUCGCGCUGUUCGAGGGUGGAUGCUCGAUGUUGGGCACGAUGCGAGGACCGGGUGAGGACUGGGUAACGAACGAUACCAUACGGCGGUUGAGACUGGACACGUAGCAGUACACGGAGCGGCGGUGGUCGAGGCUGGAUGGACGGACGGUGUUCGCUGAAGGAUGCGACGAGGGAGGAGUUGUAGCCGGAUCACACGGACACACGUACAGAAGGAAAGAGGAGAAGGAAGGUGGGUGAGGUGGUGGUUCCCUGGUGCGCAGCCUGAGCUGCGGUCGGAACUUCUCGUAACCUUCCCUCCCCCCAUGGCACAGGAUACUCGCGAGCGGCACUUAGGCCUGUGGCGGGGCGUAGGUACAGGGAGCGAGCGAGUAGUGGUGCGGCCGCCUCAUCACGGGCUCGCGAGAGCGCAGGAUGGCUGAGUGUGGGUCGAGCGAAGCCGAGGAUGGCCGAGGACAACCGGCUGCGCACGAACCACGAAUCGCCGCGGGAACCUGUCGCGCGCCACGAAAGUCGAACAGUCUCUCACUGGCGCCCGGCGCGGCGAGUGCCUUGAGAGACAGGAUUUCGUGCGAGGAACAGGCGCAGAUUUGGUGUGUUGGAUAAGGGUUGAACAUCGAAAGGAACAUCGUAUAGAAAGAGAGAGAGAGAGAGAGAGGAAGGAAGAGAGAGAAAAAGAGAGAAAGAAAAAGGAAGUUGAUCCUUGCGUGGAGGGCCCGAGUGGACGGUGGUAGAGUUUCCAUCCGCGAGCAUCUACCCCUUUCUUCGAGGCCCGAUGACCGCGGCACGCGAGGAACGGAAUCGACUGUGGAUCAGGAUGAGCCCCUGUCUGUUCGCCGAUUCACUACGCCACGUGGCUCCGGUUCUUCCGUUUCUUUGGAUCCUCGUCAUCCUGCUGAACGGUUGCGACGCCUCGUACGAGAUGCAGGGGCCAAGCUUCGUGUCGGAGCCACCGUCGCGGGUGGAAUUCACGAACGUGAACGGGGGCCGAGUGGACUGCACAGUGAGAGGAAAUCCGGCACCUACCGUCGACUGGCUGGCGGCGGACGGUGGCAGUAUAACGAGUAUCCCUGGAAUCAGACACGUCCUUGGCAACGGGACCAUCCACUUUCCUGGCUUCGAGGCCGAGGUCUUCCGACAGGACGUCCACUGGGCUAUUUAUAAGUGUUCCGCCGUGAACAGCGUCGGUGGCAUCGUUAGCAGAGACGUCACUGUCAGAGCAGUGGUGAAUCAGCGUUACGAUCCGGAAGUGCAAUGUCCCGGCGGUUUCCUCGGCAACAACGUGCUUAUGCGAUGCAACGUGCCCAGUUUCGUUCGCGAUCACGUCACCAUCACGUCUUGGCUUCAGGAGCCGUCUUUCAACAUCUACCCCUCCACGAUGGGAGACGGGAAGUACCACAUGCUCUCGAGCGGGGAGCUCAUGAUAUUGAACAUCACGCGAGAGGACGCGGAAAGGACUUAUCGGUGCAGGACGCAUCACCGUUUGACGCAGGAAACGGUCGUCAGCAGCAACGUCGGCAGACUUCAAUUGACUGAGAUACGCAGCACCAUGCCGCCGAUGAUAAACGAGAAGGUGGUUUAUACGUCCGCGCGGCUGAAAGACACCGUUGUGAUACCGUGCGUCGCGUACGGGAAUCCGACCCCCACGAACAGGUGGUACUACAAUAGGAACCAGAGGGAGGAGCCGGUCGAGGAUUCGUCCGGGCAUUACGUGGUGCGAGACGGUUCGUUGAUCAUACAAGGCGUCCAGGAGAGCGACGGUGGAUCGUACAUGUGCACCGCUAGUAAUUCCGAGGGCAGCGAGUCCAUGGAAGUGAGGUUAACGGUGUCUGCGCCAUUAAACGUCCACGUCCAACCAUCGAUCCAGACCGUUGAUCUCGGGAAAGCCGCUCAUUUGACGUGCAGCGCAAGUGGAUUUCCGCAGGCGGCGUUGUACUGGCUGAAGGACGGCCAGCCAUUGAGAACGGGCGCUCGCAUAAGGGCGGUUUCCAGGGAACGUAUUUCCGUGAUGUCGGUCGCAAGAGAGGAUCGCGGCAUGUACCAGUGCUUUGUGAGGAACGAGUAUGAAAUGGCUCAAGGAAUCGCGGAAUUGCGGCUGGGCGAGAUCGCGCCGCAACUGGUCUACAGGUUUAUCGAACAGACAAUGCAGACCGGUCCAUCGGUUUCUCUGAAAUGCAGCGCCGCGGGUAAUCCGACGCCGCAAAUUUCCUGGCUGCUGGAUGGAUUUCCGCUUCCGCAAAACGACAGACUCCUGAUUGGCCAGUACGUGACCGUGUACGGGGACGUAAUAUCGCACGUGAACAUCUCGUCGGUGAAGUCCGAAGACGGGGGCGAGUACGAGUGCAUCGCGAGCAGCCGCGCUGGCGAGGCGAGCCACUCGGCGAGGCUCAAUAUUUACGGUUUGCCAUAUGUCAGGCCCAUGUCGACGGUUUCGGCGGUCGCUGGGAAACAGUUUCACAUCAAAUGCCCGGUCGCCGGUUAUCCCAUCGAAUCGAUCGUUUGGGAGAAAGCAGAUGGAGUAAGGUUGCCCACAAACAUGAGACAGAGGGUUGCGAACGGCAGCCUGUUCAUCGAUACGGUGCAACGAGCCGCCGAUCAGGGCACGUACACGUGCACCGCUAGGAACAAGCAUAAUUUCACCUCUCAACGAUCGGUAGAAGUGCGCGUUCUAGUUCCACCGCGGAUCUCGCCGUUUUAUUUCGAGAACGGUGUGACGGAGGGGAUGAGGACACAGCUAAUGUGUACCACGAGCCAGGGUGACCAGCCGUUCAACAUCACGUGGUUGAUGGACGAGAAACCGAUUCAGGUCAGAUCGGGUGACGGUGCGUCGGCGUCGUCCUCGGCGUCGUCGUCGUCAUCGUCGUCGUCGUCGUCGUCGUCCUCGUCGUCAUCCUCGUCCUCGUCGUCGUCGUCCUCGUCGUCGUCCUCGGGCGGAUCCACCGCGGUCUUUCUCGAGACGGGCAACAACAACAUACAGAUAAGCGACUAUCCGCCGUUUUCCAGCAUCCUGACGAUAAAUAACGUCAGCGCUAAGCACAGCGGGAACUACACGUGCCAGAUCAGCAACGUCGCUGGCCUGGCCGAAUACUCGACCAGCCUCUCCGUUGCUGUGCCGCCGCGCUGGACGGUCGAACCUAUCGACCAGAACGCCGUUGUAGGUCACGGCGUCUCCAUUGCCUGUCAGGCUGAAGGAUUCCCCAUUCCGACGGUGACUUGGAAGCAAUCGAUCGGGAUGGAUACGCCAGGCGACUACAGGGAGCUAGGAUUCAGCGGGACCGAGGGUGCGGGUGUUGCAGGGAAUGGAUCGUUGGUGAUCUCACGGGUGUCCAGAGAUCACGCCGGUUUCUAUCUGUGCCAGGCGAGCAACGGCAUCGGACCAGGCCUCAGCAAGCUCAUUCGGCUAACAGUUCACGCGGGCCCUCAAGUGUCGGUGAAAACUCAGCAGGAGUCGGUGAGGCGAGGAGAGAGCGUGACGUUGCGUUGCGAGGCCGAAGGAGACGCUCCUCUUGAUCUGAGUUGGCGUGCGCGUGACAGCAGAGUCGAUCCCAACUACGAUGUUAGGUACACGAUAGACAACCAGAAGGUGUCCGGGCGGGUGAUCUCGGAGCUGCGGAUCACCCAGGCGAACCACAUCGACCGUGGGGACUACACGUGCGUGGCUACGAACGCUUACGGGCACGCGAGGGCUGGUAUCAAGCUGUUGGUACAGGAGCCGCCGAAUUUCCCCCGGAAUUUACACGUAGCCGAGCAAGGGAGCAGAUCGCUGCUGUUGGCCUGGUCGUCGCCGUCCAGCGAGCAGGAUCCGGCGCACGCCAGCUCGCCUAUAACCAAAUACAUCGUGCAGUACAAGGAGGCGCAGGACGUGUGGCAUGAGCACAACACGCAGAAGAUGGUGGCAGGGGACAACACGGUCGCGCUGGUAUCGCCCCUAAAACCGGCGACCUCCUACCACUUUCGGGUGCUAGCGGAAAAUCAUCUUGGAACAUCAGCGCCAAGCGACAUCCUUCAUGCCCAGACCGACGGCGAGAUUCCCGGUGGAUCGCCCAGACACGUUAUCGCUGAACCCUUAGGACCGCAGCAAGUGAAGGUCACCUGGCAACCACCCGAUCGAUCCCUGUGGAAUGGCGAACUUCUCGGAUACACCAUCAGCUACGCCAAUCUAGGUGGGAAUGAUCAAUCGGUGAACAUCACCAGAGUGGGAAUCACGGAGAACGGCGAUGGCUCCUACAGACUAACCGGACUUCGAAAGUACACCCAAUAUAGCAUCGUGGUGAAGGCGUUCAAUAAUAAAGGAGACGGCCCAGGAUCUGACCCGGUCACGGUGCAGACUCUCGAAGACGUUCCAAGCGCCUCGCCGCAGAACGUGGCGUGCGCUGCUCUGACCGGGCAGAACAUCCAGGUGACCUGGAAGCCGCCGCCUUCCGACAAAGUUCACGGGGUCGUGCAGGGGUACAAGUUGCUGUACGAGGCGGGCAGCGCGGUUCUGGAGCAGCAGGCGGGCAGAGAGACGAAGAUCAGCCAUGCAUUGAGCACGGUGCUGCACGGACUUAGCCCGUACACCAAUUACACGGUGCAGGUGCUCGCCUACACCAGAGCCGGGGAGGGUGUCACGAGCAGCCCUGUAUCCUGCACCACCGAAGAAACUGUUCCUGACGCGCCCGAGCGCGUGAAGGCCGUGACCAGUAACGAGGACGCGGUGGUGAUAUCUUGGCUGCCACCGCGGCGACCGAACGGCAUUCUCACCAAGUACACCGUCCAUAUCCGGGUGUUGGACCAGGGCCAGGAGGUGAAGACCAUUAAGAGUUCGUUGCCUGCGCAGAACCUGCACCACGAGGCGACGGGGCUGAAGCAGCGCGAGUCCUACGAGGCCUGGGUUACGGCCUCCACCAAAAUAGGGCAAGGACCUAGAACUCCGGUCAUCAAACUUCAACUGAGCAAUACCGUUCCAGCAGCUAUAAUAUCGUUCGGAGUGCCGCUCGUAGUGCCUUGGAGGGUGGACGUCAAUAUGGCCUGUCUCGCCGUCGGUAUUCCGCGUCCCACGGUGGAAUGGCGUCGAGGCGACGUCAAGUUGCAGCAGAAGUCGGACAUCGGGGCGGACAACGCGUUGACGUUGAGGAACGUGCAGAGAACUCACGAGGGCAACUAUUCCUGCCACGUGAAGAAUUCCCUCGGUUCCGAUGAAAUCGUGUACACGCUUCAAGUACAAGUGCCUCCAACACCGCCGACUUUGCUCGCCACCGGCACCACGACGGACGCUGUCCAACUGCAAUGGAAACAGGGCGACAAUGGUGGCGCCCCCAUCAAGGGAUUCCUGUUGGCCUACCGCCGCGAGUUCUCCGAGUGGGAGGAAGUGAUGAUCGAUAGGAAGGCGAACACGCAUCUUCUGGAGGGAUUGCAGUGCGGGACCAGGUACCAGUUCACAUUGGCGGCGUUCAACAGGAUCGGUAGCGGAAGCGCGAGCAAGAUCGAGACGGCGAAGACGAAUGGGACGAAACCGAUUCCACCCAUCAAGCAUCAGUUGAUCAAAGCGAAUCAAACGUUCGUUACGUUGGAGUUGAACUCGUGGCAAGACGGGGGCUGUCCUUUGCUCUAUUUUGUGGUCGAAUACAGGAGGUUGCCCGGUGAUUGGUUGCUCUUUUCGAAUAACGUGCAACCGCAAUCGAGAUUCUCCAUAAUGAAUCUGGAUAGCGGCACCAAAUACGAGCUCCGUGUCACUGCGUACAAUAACGCGGGCUCGACGCAGGCCGAAUACCUGUUCACCACGUUGUCGCCGACCGGUAGUAAUCGAAUACACGACGAGCACCCGCCCGAAACCGAGGAGACCUCCCUUCUUUUCGACGCCCACGUGCUCGCGCCUAGCGUCAUCUCGCUUCUGGCCGUGUUCCUCACGGUGGCUGGCGUCUGCUUUUGCUUGAAAACACACGCGGAACGGUCGGGGAGAGCGAAUGAUCCGAGCUCGCAAACCCAGGCGGCGCUGGAGAACAAGCACAACAUGGAGCAGAGGGAACAGUAUUACGCGACCGUGAGGAAGCCGGGGCAGCAGUCGCCCUGUCGCGAGGUGAGCGCCCUGGAAAGAAUACCCGAAUAUUCCGAAGACAUUUAUCCGUACGCCACCUUCAAUCUGCCCGAGCAGGAAAACCUGUCGGCGAACCCGAUGCGACAGGCGUUCUACUACGAACGCAGCGAAACCAUGCUGCAAGGCAAUCAGUGCGACAUGGAGCAGUACACGAAGGUGCGAGGAAGGGCGAGGCGGAAGUCGAAGUCGUUCAAGUCGGAAUCGGAGGAGUACGACACCCUGGGCUCGGACAGCGACACGGAGGUCGGUACCAGCAGUCGGACCGAGUCUUCGAACCACCUGGACGACUCCGGGCCGGCGUCGAUAAUGACGCGUUCCCCGGGGCCGAAUUCGAUCGGGCAGAGGGAGCAGCGACUAGCCCUGGUCCCGAGGCCGGUUCAUCAUAAUGUGCUGUACCACACGCACGAAUCAAGUACAUCAACCGAGCCGUCACCAAUUUCUGAGAGGAAGACUUUCCCGAGGCUCGAGAAGCAAAGGAAUCAAGGAGCAACGGCCGACAUAGGGAUGGACGGUCGAGUGCCGGGGAUACUGCGCCCCGUGAUGAAGCUCUCGGAAUCCGGGAUGCAUUCGUAUUCGAGGGGAGCGUCGCCGAGUCAGCCUGGGAGGCCUGGGUCCUGCGAUCGGCUGGGCAAAGAUCCGAGCCCGAGGAAGUCGGUAGAGUCGUUGUGCCUGCUGGAGGAACCCGGAUCGUCCAGAAUGGCAAGGAGGGAAGAGGACUGGGGCAGCGAGCUGUCUACGUUGGAACUGAAACCGCCGACAGGUUUCACGGACGCGCACGAGACCAGCGAGGCCGAGUGCGAUAUCGACAUGAAGCUGAAGCUCCACAGGAAGAGGACGGGUUUUCCUUCUAACUCGCUCUCCAAAUCACCUAAAGACUUCACUAUCACUGUCUAAGUGUGUUGAUCUAAUAUUCGAAGAAAAAAGUAAUAAAAAUGAAACGAAACGAAACGAAACGAAACGAAACGAAAUGAAACGAAAUGAAAAAACGAAACGCUAAAACGAAACGAGUAAAGAAAAAAAAUACGAUAUAUCGCAUAAGGAACACAGAUACACGCACGUACAUACAGACACACAGACACGUAAAAUAAUAAAGAUGCCAAAGCAUGAUGAGUGUUAAUUCAAAAAAGCAAAUAUGUAAAAAAAAAAAAAAAAAUGAAACGCAGAAUGAAAAUUUCCUCGCCGAUGAGAUUGUCGGGAUCCCCCAACGCUUCUCUGUGGAUGGAUGACUGUCUUUCCGUGUAACUACCGUCGACGAUCCAUUUACAAUAAAGAGGUAUUUUUGUAAGAAAAACCGGAAAAGAAGCUAACCCUUGAGUGAUUUUUUUUCGUCAACCUUAUCUCCCAUAUACGUAUACGAUGAAACGUAUCGAAGAACAUUACUAUUCCGUGUUAUUUUCCCUAAAUGUCAACGGAGUUUAUCGAUUUCAAGUUUAAAUUCAUCAACAAUUGAUGGUGGUACUUCGUUACGAACGGCGAUCGAAUAGAUAACAUCGAAGCGAAUUUGGAAAUUCGAACCGAUCGAUCGCUAUUCCAUCCUGGCGAGGACAGUGAUUCGUUAAAAUGACAAUUUGUGGCCAUAGACGCGGUCAUAAACGAGACGUCAAUCAGCUUAAUUACCAACGCUUAUCAGUUGCGCGUCAGUCGUGUUUCUACGGGACAGAAAUUCGAUUCUGUCUGGAGACAGAAUCGUUGCGUUUGUCUUCCUCGUCGAUAAACGAUACGUUCGAAUGUGUUUUACCGAUUUUAUAUCUGUUUGAUAUCGAUUCGAUUCUUCUUAAAAAUUAUACAGUAAAAAUUACUGUAUGAACUUGAAUUUUCCAUUUAAUAAAGAGACUUGAACAUUCGAACCGCAUCAUUAAGAUGUACUAUGUUUUGCGAAUUCGUUUUAAAAAUAUAUUUUAAAGCUGAGAACGUUAUAUUUUUUUACAUUGAAUACUAAGAUAUAUAUAUAUAUUUUUUAAUAGUUUUGAGAAAGAAAAAACGAUAGAAAUGUGAUCGUUUAAAAUCCUGUGUAACGCCUCUGGUUAUACGGCAAGAACAAGUAUAAACAAGGAAAAGAAAUAGCAAGAGGAAGAUAGAGAUAGAGUAAAAAUAUUGAAAUCAGCGCCAUCUUCAGAGUGCCGCAAACGAAACACGCGUAGAAAGGAUAGAGAAUAAUAGAAAAAAGAUAGAAAUAGAGUCAGAAUUGGCUAUCAGCGCCAUCUUCCGAGUCUUAUUUAAAGAUAUUUCUCUUUGGAACUCGAUAGAUGGCGUUAAUAUUCGAUUCUUAUUCUUCUUUAUCCCUUGAAAAAAUGUUUUUAGUUAUCAAGAGAUGGCGCUGAUAGUUAAUUCUUAUCCUAUCUCUAUCUUUUUUUAAUUAUUUUUUAUCCUUUUUUAUAUGUGUUUCAUUUGCGGCACUCUGAAGAUGGCGUUGAUUUCAAUAUUUUUAUCCUAUCUCUAUCUUUCUUCCAUUAUUUCCUCUCCUUAUCUAUAUUUUACAUUUACGCGCUCGAAAGAUGACUUCAGAUUGAUUUGAACUUUCGUUUUUUUUUACCAAUCUAUUAAUGAAAAAUCUUAAUUUUUAUACAAAAAGAAAUUAUUUCUUAGAUCUAAGUUUACGAUUAUAAAUGAUUCUGCGCUCAUAGCUCCAAAUCAAAAAGCAUACGAAACAACAAAUGCAACAACGGGAUGAGAAUCGUUAUUAUAAAUUUCCUAGAACAUUUACCAUAGAAAAUGAUGAAAAAUUUUAAAUCGAUAUUCUUACCAUAAAAAAAAAAAAAAAAAAAAGAAUCCAAGCAAACAUCGAGAAGAAUUUCUGAUAAUCCAUAAUCUACUAUUGAUAAAUGCAAAAUAAAUCAAUGGCGAACGAAAAAAAAAAAAAGAAAAUAUCGACGUGAUUUGCGUCCAUGAUCGAUGUAAUGAAAGAACUCAAGAUUUUUCGAUAGUAAGAAGUGUAUAUUACUACAACAUACUUGUGGGAUAUCGAUUGCAACAAUGAUCGCAUCAGAGAAGGGGUGGGGAGCUGGAGCGGGGGUUUGCUACUCUUCUACACGGCGGAUACGUAUACAACAAAGAAAAAAUACACACAUAUUAGCUGUGACAAUAAUUUGUUCGCGUAUCAAUACGUGUGUCGUGUAGUUGCAUUUUUUCUUUUUUCCCUUCUUCUUCUUCUUCUUCUUCUUCUUUUUUUUUUUCACCAGGAUAGAUUACAAGAAAAGUCGCAUAUAGAAAAAACGGAAACUACUUCACUCGAAUCGUGAUAGAUUGUAUCGAACGCGGAAUGGUGCCUGAUCGUUCGGCCCACCCCGUUUUCACGUCUAUAAAAUUAUCAUAAAAAUACGUAUAUGGCAGUCAAACAAUGUUUCGUUUUCGUUGAUCGUCUAAAAAAAUGGGCGUGGAAUGUCUCUUCACUUUUUUUUUUUUCGUUUUGUUCCGUUCGUUUCAUUUUCUUAUUAUUUUUCGUUUGUUAAAAAAUUCGCGUAAACGAUGAUUGGCAGACAGUCGUUGGCAAUGUUUCGUUUUCUUUUUUCUUUUUUUUUUUUCGCGCAAAAUGGAAGAAAGAAAAUCGUGAGGUUCACACGAGCGAGGACAGUCGUCGAGAAAAUCUGAACGAGCAUCAGUUCGACACUUAACAUUGAGUAUUACGCAGGUAACUGGUUAACAUUUAUCUCAGUGUGAGUUAUACAUCCAUGCUAGCUUAGUAUUUAAUUGGUCAAGAUAUUGUUAUGAAAGGACAUACGCGUGUUUUUUUCUUUUCUUCUUUUUUUCUUCUUCUCUUCUUGUGCAUUUCAUUAAGUCGCGCAUUUUCUUAAAGAAAUUCGUGAUCGACAACAACCGGAAUCUCGUACUCGAUCUUUGAAAUUAAUAAACGAACGUUUAUCGCAAAUUUAAUCGUUCGAGUUUCUAGUUGUUCUCCAAAUUAUAUGUACGCAUUUUGUUCAUCGAGUUGUUUCAACUUUGCAAACAUUUUUGUACUAUGUCGAAUUGAAAAGUUAGCGUGCUAAUCGCAAUGUAACUGCGGCAAUUUCUUCCUCGAAUUGUGAAUUGGCAAUUGAUUGUGCCGAACGCGGAAAAAACUUGUGUUAAUCCCAUUAUCAAGGUAAGAAUUAUCGAUUAGAAAAGAUUACGUUUCAGGAACGUUCUUACGUUCGCCUACGAGCUAUUAUCGUAAAAAAUAAUAAUUAUUUAUAUAUACGCUCGGUUUGAUUGCACGAGUGCAAAAUCCAGAAUGGCAAAUAGAGAUUAACCAAUAAUUAACAAAUUCGAUCUCGCGAUAUUUUAUUUUCUUUCUUUCUUUUUUUUUUUCCUCACGCAGUUUCAUUACGAUAUUGUCGUACGUAGCGGAAGUAGCGUGCUAUGAAAAAUUUAAAGACUCGAGGGAAGAAAGGUCAAAGAGAUAAUGGAGGAUCCGUGAUCAAUUAGGCCAAUUGCACAUGUGGUGUAACGCGAGUGAAAAGUCGUUCCGUCAUUACGAUAGGAGGCAAAAGCUUUUCAGUGUGUCGUUAUUCCAUUUCUUUCUCUCUCUCUCUCUCUCUCUCUCUCUCUCUCAUUCAUUCUCUCUAUCACUCUCUCUCUUUCUAGAGCGCUACGCAUGUCGUCCGAUCGUCGAUUAGCUGAAUGACAAUUAAUGCUUGUGUUUAUUUAGUGUACACGUGAAACAUCAUGGAUACGUAUAUAAAGAGUUUCUCUUAUCGUAGGCCUGUGCGAAUACUUGCAUUUAAAUGUCGCGCGUCGAUUGGCUCGAUGCCGCGGAAAUUAAAAACACAUUGAAAAAAAAGAAACGUACGAUAAUAAUGGUACAAUAAUGAUCGUAAAAAACACCGUUUCAUCGGCCGCGAUUUCUUCUUCUCGUAGUUUCUUUUUUUUUUUUUUUUCUUUUCUUUUUUUCUUUCUUAAUUCGUUUACUUGUUGCAGUCUUAGUGUGCGACGUUGUACGUUCCCCGCGCGCGGAUUCUCUAAUACGAAUAACGUGACAUCAUGUUCGACUCGAAAAUUACCGAUCUAACUGACAUAACCGAUGAUAUUUUCGUACCCGCUAAUUUUCUAAUGGCUUUUUGGUCGGACUGUACGAUCAAGCGUUCGACUUUUCUUUGCUCGUUACCAUAUCCGAUUCUUUAAAAAAAAAAAAAAUCCCUCGAUCACGUGUCAAAGUUUAGUGGUAGUAGGCCUUCGAUACGCGUGCUUCGCGCUCCUUCUUCUUUUUUUUUUUUUUUUAUACAUUACCCUCGAACGUAUAUUUAUCUUUCUAUCGGAUUCUUUCGAUGGCUGCGUCUGCAGUCAGUUCAUCGCGUCGUUCGAGAAACGAUUCAUCACGAUCGAUUUUCAUCCAAUCGAUCUCGUCGCUUGGUUUUUAUGUAUAAUCGAAUUUAUACAGAAUCGAGACGAGAAAUAAGUCAACGAAAGCCAAUGCAAAAACUUGAUUGUAAGGGUUUUAGCAUUUAUUACGUGUAAGGAAUUAAUUAAUUUUAAUUAUCGAUAAGAAGUGCGAAGGUAUAAUUACAAAAAAAAAAGAAAAAGAAAGAAAGAAAGAGAAAAGAAAUUAAAGAUAAGAUUAGGGAACAAUUAACGACGAUUACGUAGUAACGAACACGUCACAAUAUACGAGACCCUCACCGCGCCAACGCACCCCCUCCGAGCAAACGAACAGCCGUAAACGCAGCCACGCGUUUUACAUUACAACUCGUCCCUAAGUGUGGAAAAACCCGAACGCGUCGAGUACAGAGAAACAACGAUGGGAACGCGAUGCGAACAACGCGUUCUCCCGUGACAAUGUAAGAACGGAAACCGAAAUGAACAAGAAAAACGUGUGCGUCGUCGAUUACGAUUGUGUUAUGCUGACUAGAGUCUAAAUUAUUCUUCUAUACACACCUAUCUCCGUUAUCCUCCGAAUUAAUAUGUAUAAUAUUUAUAUAUGUAUAAACGAUGCAUCGAACCGAUACCAAGUUCGAGGAUCGAUCGAUAUACACGCAUCCCUCUUCGUUGCACGCUCCUAUUUACUUUCUCACGCACACGCGCACUCGCAUUCUCUCUCUCUCUCUCUUUCUCUCUUUCUCUUUCUCUGCACAUUUUUAUAUAUCAUUCUUUUGUAUCCGUAUAGGUACACUCAGAAUUUACGGUGCUUAUCGUAAAAUACAGUACAGAUUCGUAUUCGAUGCCAUUCGACGAGGUACCGUGGCAACAUGCAAGGGAAGAAAAUUUAUUUUCGAUCGAUUGUUUCUUUUCUUUUUUUUCCUUUUUUUUUUUCAUUUUUUUUCUUUUUUUUUUUUCUAUCCUUUUCAAUUUUCCUCCGUGUGCCGCGAUAGGAGGGACUUGGAAUGACGGUGUCCACGCGAGUUUUGCCCACAAAACUAUCACACGGCCAAUUCUCGAGAACACCCGUGGAAACGCGCGUGCAUGCAUGCCAAUUACGGUAUCUCGCGUGGCAACUACAAUGCAUAGUUUUCACUCAUAUUAUAAAUAUCUGAAUAUAAUAUAUAUAUAUAUUUAUAUAUUUAUAUUUGUAUUUAUAUUUAUAUAUUUAUAUAUAUAUAUAUAUUUAUUUAUAUAUAUAUAUAUAUUUUUUUUUUAUCUCUCUUUAUGUAUACGUUUAUGCGUUUUGUCGUGUGAUCCUUACUCGCUCGUUUUAAGCAAUUAACAACAGUCGGUUGAUUCGGUGGUGCGCUAUAAUCAUUUUACUGCUAAAAGAGGCUAAGACCAAGUGAGCUCGUCAUCGUUCAUCCUCUAUGGACUUUUACAAUCGGUUUUACAAUAUGCAUCCGUGGUUUUGUGUACAAUGUGCAUAUCUAUAUGUAUAUACGGUGUAUAAUUGGCAUCCAGACACGUCUUUGCACGAGUCAACAAUAUUAUUAUUCUCGUGUUCUAAUUUAUCCCUAAUUACAAUAACGAAACCGAUAUUACAUUAUUACUAUUAUUAUUAUUAUUAUUAUUAUUAUUAAUAUUAUUAUUAUUGUUAAUAUUAUUAAUAUUAUUAUUACUAUUAUUAUUAUUAAUAUUAAUAUUAUUAUUAUUAUUAUUAAUAUUAUUAUUAUUAUUAUUCGCGUAUUGUACAGACAUAUUUAGCUUUUUCUCGUCGUAGGGAGGGAUUCGCUGGUUCAAUCGGUCCAGAGGAAUUAUCUACUUUCGCGAUGCCUCCCCAUCCUACGCUCACGAGGAGGAAGACAUCGUGUUGUUUCUGUCCAGCUCGAGCUUCUCGCGUUUAUCUGUGCUUUUAUUUCAACGGGUAAUACAUACGCGAGAGAAGCGACCACCAUUCGUUCCCUCUCUAUCGAUCAAUUUUCGUGACGAAUACUCGGCCGAGAUAUUUUCUUUCCCUCGAAUAAUUCACGCCCCGUUUAUUUAACAAGAGGGAGACGAACAGUCUUCGAUCGCGAGUACCCGUGAAUUAAUUACGAUGCUGCUCGAAACUGGACGUCGGCUCGGUUUCUCUGAUUCGUCAGAAGCCUUCUUCCAUCGCAAGGCUCGAAGCGGUUAUGCUCGCUCGGUUGAAUGAAUCAUCGACCAACGUUCCUUUGUCUAUCGAAACGAUACUAGACUCGACUCGCGAUCUUGUAUCGGUGAAAAUCAUGAACGAACGUCUAACGAUCGAAUUCUCUUAACGAAAAAAAUAUUCGCGGUGAUGGAAGAAAAGAAGAAAAGCGAAAGAUCGGGAAAUCGAACGUCGUACAAUCGUUUUCUCUCUUUUAUUGUUCUUAUACCCCUCUCUCUUCUCUCUUUGCGCUAAUUACGUUUCGUUAAUUAUGUUUCUUAGCUUCGCUCUUCGAAACGUGUCCGAAAGUUAGAAAAAAAAAAAAAAAAAAAGAAAAAUACAA